CGUUCUAGAAAAGUAGAAGCCCCGCCCAGUAAUGGAUAAAUGCGGCUGAGGGAGGCAGCGCGCUCCGUGGUGCUGAGGGACAGUGGAGGACAUUGCGCUGUCAGUAACGCGAGGGAACGGACGUGAUCCGGAGAGGAGCAGCAGACGUCCUACGACGGGAGUUUCACUGACCCAUAGACUUCAAAGGACGUGUUUUGUCUGCAUCACGGAGCGAAGUAGUGCAUGUCUCCAGGACUUUUUUUUCACUGACCCACGGUCACUGUCAAUACGGAAAUGUGGAUGAGCCUAACCCUGUAGAUCGGCAGUUUGAAGAGGCUUUGGCGCUCAGGGGUGAAAGCUGGAAUGGCAGUCGUUGACAGAGCGUUUAGUGCUGCGCCGUUUUACAGGAUGGAAUAUCAUCAGACUUUGCACCCAUUUCUUCAGAGGACCAACGCUUCUGGGAUACAACCUGGACAAUCUAGAAAGCACAGGCUUGAAGAGGAAAACUCUGACUGCCCUAUGAAGAAAAGGAGAUUUUCUCCAACUCCAGCUGCGUUUCAAGACUCUCGUGCUCCAGGUGUUUUUGCUGGAGGUCCACGACAGCCAUUGUGGACUUCUAGCCAUUCACAAGUGAAUGAAUCUGCUGUUCCCACAGUGGUUGACCAGUCUCCCACCACCAUGCCGCCAGUUCCCACAGAGGAGAUGGAAGACGUGGUUGUAGAAUCUCAUUCUGAUGCUGUACUCAGAAGAAUUAGAGACCUUGAGAGCAGGCUUGUUGUGGAGGACGAGGAUGAAGAGGAUGGCAACUCAAGAGAUAGUUACUUACCCACUCUCGUAAUGUCUGAUGUACUUGUGGAAGGCUUCAAAAAGAGACUGGAUGAAUCUCUCACCAGAAAAAUAGUGGAUUCUAUGAGUCGUCCUUCUAUGGAGCUUGUUCUUUGGAAACCCCAACCAGAAUUCCUUGUGCAUAAACUGGAGAGAAUAGCCAGCAGCUACGAGGGUGAUAAAGAAGCGUCAAAGGAAAUCCAGAGCACACCUGCAGCGGCUCUCCUCCAGGAGAUAACCCUGGCUGAGGAGCCAUGUCCUUCUAAUGUAGACCCUAUGUGGAACAGAGAUGAAGAAGAAAUGGAGCUAUAGUGGUGGUCUUACUACACCAUGUCUCAGUGUGCUCCAGUUCCAGCAGACUUCUAUGAAGAGACCAUGUGACUGGAAUAUUGAUUUCUGUUUUAUGGACCCAUUGUACGGGCACUUUUUUUUUUUUUUUCUUUUAAGAAGCUUUUCAAAAGCUGGAUAUCCAGCUGUGGUUUUCAGCUGUGUUGGUCAUAGAGAUACUUUGGCCUAUGUACUCCUUAUUCCAGGGAAUUGAUCUGUGCUGUUACAGUCGUAAGUCCACUUUUUGACCAGCCAUGCGACAAUAUUAAGUCACACGGUGGGUGUCAGUUUUUCACAGUUGGGCAGAGCAGGAAAGUGUCAUAGACGGUGCUGGGACUUCGGCCCUGGCAAAUUUAUUAACAUGUACACCUGGAAACGGGUGUACAUGUUGGCCAAGAACUAGGCCAGCCUGGGGCUUGCAUAUAUUUUCCGUCAGACUCACAGCUGCCAGAGGAUUAGCCACAUUUUUGACGAGGCUCACACCUUGUCAUAAAUUGAGCUGAUUCUUUGGCAGCGCAAGGGGGAAGAAGACUGGAGUGAAAACGCUGAUCUUUAUAAAUGUGCUCCAUCGUGUGCUUGCCUCUUAAGUGACACGUAUUGACAUGAGCAGUAUUUAGGCUUUACAAUUGUUGGCUUGAAGCAUUGCAUUUAUUUUUGCGGAUGGGACUGUUUUUAUAAGUCUGUUUACAUGAGCUGUAUGUUUUUGUCUUAACACAGUGGAUGGUUCAGUCCAUUAUUUUGUAGACUUUUGAAGUUGCUGUCUUGUGAUGUAAGGGACCUGUAAAUAUUUUUCACACUAAAGUUUUUGGACAUGAAAUUAAUUUAAAAAAAAUAUAUAAAAAUUCUUAAAUGGUCUGUGUUGUAUGUCAGUCCCAAAGGUUUUCCAAAUCUAUAUUUGUGUUAUAUGAUUUUAUUGCAGAUUUUGCUGCGGAUUUCAUCCUGUGCAUCAUCAUGGAUUACAAAGGUUGUCUGAGUUAUAUCUAUAUAUGUUACGGUGGCUUAUAAGAUUAUUAAAAAUACAUUUGUACUUUA